GAACGCUUGGUGUGGAUGAAGAGAGCUCAACCCAGAGCUCCUCGUCCUCCGAAAAUGCGUCAACCACAGUAAAGGAGGCAGAUUUGCUCGAGGACCCGGUUGCAGACGUGCAGCCGGACGUUCUUCUCGAGGCGACUGCUUCCAGAGUUGUGGAAGAGACACCUAUACCAGGUAAGUUGUUUUCCUCAGCGAGAAGUUUCUUCAAAAGAGUGCAGAAAGGGGUACGUGGAUUUGUUUCGGCGCUCAGAAGAUUUGAUUCCCCAAGGAAAGAGACGUCUAAACAAUCACAUGGUCAUUGCAGCCGGUCAGAUUCCAUUCUUGUCAGUGCUGUUGUUUCCAAUUCCAUGAUUGGAGCUUGUGUGGAUGAGGAGAGCUCAACCCAGAGCUCCUCGUCCUCCAAAAGCGCGUCGACCACAGUAAAGGAGGCGGAUCUGCUCGAGGACCCGGUUGCAGAUGUGCAGCCGGACGUUCCUCUCGAGGCGGCUACUUCCAGAGUUGUGGAGGAGACACCUAGACCGGGGUAGUUGUGUUCCUCAGCCAGAAGACUCUACAGAAGAGUGCAGGAAAGGGUACGGGGAUUUGUUUCGGCACUCAGAAGAUCCGAUUCCCCAAGAAAUGAGACACCUGAAUUAUCACAUGAUCAUCGCAGCCGGUCAGACUCCAUUCUCGACACGGCAUUGGUGAGGAACGUUGAGCAGGAGGAAUCUCUUCAGGAAUCUUUGCUCAUGAUGUUUGUGGAGAAAUCGAUCAGGCGGCUACUCGUUGACGUACUCGGCCAAUCUCUGAGCUCUGUUGUACCAGCCCACACAGGAUGGUCCACUUGCAUCCAUGACAACUUUACAGUCGCGGUGGGCGGUUUAACCCGAACGCUUGGAAGAUUAGUGAUGGAGUCUUUUAAGACAAGCUCCGGGAGCUCCUCCAUUUCGGACGUCCGUACCGUGAGCACCAAGCCUGGCAGAUCACCAACACCAGCUUGCAGUGCUCUGGUCCGUCAGCCAGCGGGUAAAAUUGUCCAGGUGAGCGACACCUGUGUUCCAGAUGAGGUUCCUGCACCCGUGGAGAAGAGAGGAUCUGGGCUUCCUGUUAUCCAAGCGAAUAAAGCCCACAAGUUCAUCCUAUACCUGAAGAGAUCGAACAAAGUGCAUCCUGUCUGCCUGGAGUCCGUCAGCCAUCAGAGGUCCUCAAGUAAAGAUCUGCAGGAGGGUUCACGUGGAACACCAGCGGUAUCGGCAUCAUCCUCCAAGAAGUUUCGCAGACGUCUGCGCGGGAUGUUCUCCGCCCUUUCCGAGGCCGUCCCCAACCCCUUCAAACACCGUCCACCCCCUGCAGAGUGAAACUUCAAUAAAUCCAUCAAUAACGUG